AUGAAGUCUUUCCUCGUCCUCCCCAUCAUUGCGGCAACCGCGAUUGCGACUAAGCAGGGGCCAGCUUCAGAGCCAAUCCUCGGUAUUGACACGAUCCACGGCUGUUACUCUUCCAUCGGCGAGCUUCAGCGGAAUGGGACCAGCCAAUUCAACACGGAAGGGCUGUGUUCUACAGCCUGCAUCCAGAAGGGUUCCAAUGUUGCUGCCACUCAGGGCGAGCUUUGCUACUGCGGUGAUAAAUACCCGCCAGCCAGCACACUUGUCGAUGACAGCAAGUGCACUGAGCCCUGCCCAGGCUUCGUGAGCGAGGCUUGCGGCGGUAUCAAGCAUUUCACUGUUUACAACACUGGUCUGAAGAUCAACGUUGGGAGUUCCUCGGACGCUUCAUCCAGCAACAAGACAUCAACGACUCUGCCAUCGUCUGCUCCCAAUGCUUCGGCCUCUGCAACCACUUCGUCGCCGCCAUCUUCUUCAUCAACCAUUGUCAGUACCAACGGCGCAGUUUCGCAACUCACGCUGGGCGGGCUCAACAUGGCUGUCUUGGGCAUGGUUGCUAUGUUCUUGAUGUGA